AUGGCCCUCCCGGUGGGCGUGGGGCACGGCCUGCCCCCUGAGUUUGCCCACCUCGCAGCAGCAGCAGCGGCCGCCGCCGCGCCCAACGGCGGCGGCCACGGCAGCGGCCGCCGCGGCUUCCGCCGCGGCUACGACGCCAACGGCGGCCCCGGCGCCCUGCCCUCCGCCGACGACUUCAGCAUCGACAGCCUGGUGGCGCUGGUGGGCGGCACCCCCGCCUCCCAGCCCAUCACCGACGCCGUCUACCAGGCCCUGUUCCAGCUGGACGGCCGCUCCUGCGCCCUGCUGCUCAAAGACCUGUCCAAGGCGGGCAUGCAGUUCAGGGCCACGGAGCUGUUUGACUGGAUCCGCGCGCUGGACGAGGGCCACCCGCUGCAGUCGCUGCUGGACGUCUACUCGUACACAGCCAUGAUCUCGCUCUGCAUCACCGAGCACGACGUGGACCGCGCGCUCAAGCUGGCCGGCGAGAUGAAGUCCAAGGGCAUCGAGCGCAAUGUGCACACCUACACGGCGCUCAUGAAUGUCUGCAUCAAGUGA